AUGGCCAUCAGGGAAAGCCCAGAGAAGAGACUGACCCUCUCUGCCAUAUACCAGUACAUCAUUAGCAAAUUCCCAUUUUAUGAGAAAAACAAGAAGGGCUGGCAGAACAGUAUAAGGCACAACCUCAGCCUGAAUGAGUGCUUCAUCAAGGUUCCCCGAGAGGGUGGUGGAGAGAGGAAGGGCAACUACUGGACCCUGGACCCGGCAUGUGAGGAUAUGUUCGAGAAGGGCAACUACAGAAGGAGAAGGCGGAUGAAAAGGCCAUUCCGACCCCCUCCUACCCAUUUCCAGGCAGGUAAGAGCUUGUUCAGCAGUGACACUUACGGCUACCUGUCCCCACCCAAGUACCUGCAGUCCACCUUCAUGAACAACUCAUGGUCCCUGGGGCAACCUCCAACCCCUAUGUCCUACACCUCCUGUCAGAUGGCUGGGGGCAAUGUGAGUCCAGUCAAUGUGAAGGGACUGUCGGCAUCGUCCUCCUACAGUCCAUAUUCUAGAGUACAGAGCAUGUCGUUACCCAGUAUGGUCAACUCCUACAAUGGCAUGAGCCACCAUCAUCACCACCCGCAUGCUCAUCACCCACAGCAAUUGAGCCCGGCCAGCCCCGCUCCCCCACCUGCAGCAACUCCUAAUGGGGUGCAGUUCCCUUGUGCCAGGCAACCCACCGAGCUGUCUAUGAUGCACUGUUCCUACUGGGACCAUGAAACCAAACACAGCGCCCUGCACCCCAGAAUAGACCUCUGA